GCUGCACCCAACGCCCAAAAUCCUCUGGCUGUCGUUUUCCAAGGAAGCGGCUCCGCGUCAUGGACCCGGCCGAGGCCGCGCAGAUGGGCGAGGCGGUGGCGGAGAAGGUGCUCCAGUACCGGCGAGACGCCUCCGGCUGGAAGAACUGCUGGCAGAAAAACGGAGUUUCCAUUUCCUGGAGGCCUUCCGUGGAGUUCCCGGGGCACCUGUAUCGAGGCGAAGCUGUGCUGCCUGCACCCACUGCCAAGGUGUGGGACCAUAUCAAGCCCCAAGAUGGGGGCCUGCGGCAGCAGUGGGAUGAAAAUAUCACUGGCUUUGAGAUUAUCCAGACCAUCAGUGAUACACUCAUCGUCAGCAGGACCACCACCCCCUCAGCUGUCAUGAAGCUCAUCUCUCCCCGGGACUUCGUGGACCUGGUGUUGUUACGGACGUACGAGGAUGGCACCUUCAGCUCCAAUGCUAUCCAUGUGGAACAUCCAUCCUGUCCCCCACAACCGGGCUAUGUGAGAGGCUUCAAUCACCCUUGCGGCUGCAUCUGUGAACCCCUGCCAGAGGAUCCCAGCAGGACGAAGCUCAUGAUGUUCUUCCAAACUGACCUGAGUGGCCUCCUACCUCAGGGCGUGGUGGACUCCUUCUUCCCCCGUAGCAUGGCCGGCUUCUAUGCCAACCUGGAGCGUGCCCUACACGACUGAGCCCAGCCCAGGACAAUGGACAAUGGCCCUGACACCAGUCUCUGUCAUGUGCUAGGGAGUAGAUUUUAGAAAACAGCUCUGUGUUCUUUUCCAAAAA